CCUGCCGAUCCACAAGGAACCAACAGCUUUCUCCUACCCAAAUGUCACGGUUGCCCCUUCUAUAUACCUCCCCUCUCUCUCCUCUCUACAUCCCUUCACUUCAUUUCAGCCGCAGGCUUAACCAACCUCAGCUCGCUACUAUCUUGUUUAAUCUUGCACUGAAUUACUGCGUUGCUGCUGGGAUCUCUGAAGAAAAGUAGUCGUCUGCAAUUAAGCAGCAGGAUGUAUCACCCGCAGUGCGAGCUCCUGAUGGCGCACGAGAGCCGCGACCUGGACGCCGGCCAGCCGCACCUCCACGCCUCCGCCGGCGUCGCGGCCAUCCCGACGGAGCUCAGCUUCCACCUGCUCCACUCCCUCGACGCCGCCGCGGCGAUCUCCUCCGUCACGCCGCAGCCCACCAUCGACUACUUCUUCGGCGCCGCCGCCGAUUCUCACCAGCCGGCGGUGCAGUACGAGCCGCUGCCCCCCACCCACCAGCAGCACACCAUGAACAUGCUGCGCGACUACUGCAACGGCGUCGGCCACUACGCCGCCGCCGCCGAGCCGUACCUCCGCGGGGCAAGGACCGGCGCCCUCGUCUUCGGCGCCACCGACGACGAGUCGGCUGCUGCCUACAUGCCCGCGGGGCCCUUUGAGAGCUCACCGCCGCCACGGCCCACCGGCGGCAGGAAGCGGAGCAGGGCGCUGAUGAGCGGCGGCGGCUUCCAUGGCGGGCCAGGCAACGGCGGCGUCGAGAAGAAGGAGAAGCAGCGCCGGCUGCGGCUCACCGAGAAGUACACCGCCCUUAUGCUCCUCAUCCCCAACCGUACAAAGGAUGAUAGGGCGACGGUGAUCUCGGACGCGAUCGAGUACAUCCAGGAGCUGGGGAGGACGGUGGAGGAGCUGACGCUGCUGGUGGGGAAGAAGCGGCGGCGGAUGGAGCUGCAGGGUGACGUGGUGGACGCGGCGCCCGCGGUGGCGGUGCCGGCCGCCGGUGAGGCCGAGAGCUCGGAGGGCGAGGUGGCGCCGCCGCCGCCGCCGGCCGCGCAGCAGCGGCAGCCGAUCCGGAGCACGUACAUCCAGCGCCGGAGCAAGGACACGUCCGUGGACGUGCGGAUCGUGGAGGAGGACGUGAACAUCAAGCUCACCAAGCGCCGGCAGGACGGGUGCCUCGCGGCCGCGUCGCGCGCGCUGGACGAUCUCCGGCUUGACCUCGUCCACCUCUCCGGCGGCAAGAUCGGCGACUGCCACAUCUACAUGUUCAACACCAAGAUUCACCCGAGCUCCCCGGUGUUUGCAAGUGCAGUGGCCAGUAGGCUGAUGGAAGUGGUGGACGAGUACUAGGCUACUCUCUAGAGCCUACUGAGCAUACAUGCAUGCUAGCUAGCUACAGUGUUUCUUGGACGCAUGACUAGUUCUGCCUUUGCUUUAAUUUUUAAACUGCUUGUUGAUCCUGUGAUGAACAUUCAGAGACAUGUUUAGUUGUUUUCUAAUAUCAGGUUGUUUUGGUCUAAUAUAAUAAAUUGGCACACUUGCGAGACUUAUAUUUUUA